UACUGGCCAAUUGGAAAGGAGAGCUAGGCGGGCCGGUCGUGUUGGAGAAACGCGAAAGAGAAGAGGAUCGUAUCGCAUAACUUGUAAAGUUGUUUUUAUCGAAAUAGAAAACAAGCAUUUCAUUUAGAGGAUCUCCAGGACUUCUUUUGAGGGCGCGGUACAGCGUAUAGAUGACACUUGUGCAGGGUAAUUCCUCCAGCAAACAAGUAUAGGCUGCUGCUAGCAGAUCGCUGCCUCGCAGUAGGAAGUGUCGUUCGUGACGUGGGUACAAAGUAGUUGGACAAGUUUUUUUUUUUUUUUGGGGUCGUCUUUUUUAACCGUACAGUACACACCCACACAAAGCCUUAGCUACCUGCUUGAGGACACCCGAAGUUCUUCGUCGCACCGGGAGCCGUGUGGUAAAAUGACGAAUAGGGAAGACGAGUACGACUACCUUUUUAAAGUGGUAUUAAUCGGCGACUCGGGUGUGGGCAAGAGUAACCUGCUGUCCCGCUUCACCCGCAAUGAAUUCAACCUGGAGAGCAAGAGCACCAUUGGCGUGGAGUUUGCCACGCGCAGCAUCCAGGUGGAGGGCAAGACAAUCAAGGCCCAGAUCUGGGACACGGCAGGCCAGGAGCGCUACCGUGCCAUCACCUCUGCAUAUUACCGGGGUGCAGUAGGCGCUCUGCUGGUGUAUGACAUUGCCAAACACCUGACAUAUGAGAAUGCCGAGCGCUGGCUUAAAGAGCUGCGUGACCACGCCGACAUCAACAUCGUCAUCAUGUUGGUGGGCAACAAGAGUGACCUGCGGCACCUGAGGGCUGUCCCCAGCGACGAGGCGAGGGCCUUUGCAGAAAAACAUGGGUUGUCUUUUCUGGAGACCUCUGCUCUGGAUUCCUCCAAUGUUGAGCUGGCCUUCCAGACCAUCCUCACAGCCAUCUACCGCAUUGUGUCCCAGCGGCAGAUGUCCGGCCCUGGUGAUUCUGACUUCUCGCCCAACUCCAAUGUGGUCCCCAUCACGGUGCAACCCACCCAGCACACACCCAAGCAGAGCUCUUGUUGCCAGGGCAACUGAGACCUCCUCAUAGGGAACCUAGGAGGGGUUUGUGCUGACUGGGGGAUGAUUGUGGGGUUUGGGGGAGUGGGAAGGGAGGUGGUGGGUAGUGUUGACGAAGGCAGCAGCAAACCACAAGGAGUCUUUCCUCUUGAACAUGGAAAAUAUUGUGUAAUAUGGUUAAAGGGACACGGACAUGGCUGGGUGCAAAGAGCUGUGGUUUUUAAUGUUAGUACCAUACACAUCUUUGUAGCAUCUUGUUGCAGGUUCUAACGAUGUUGUAAUAACACCAUUGACCAAAGGGGAACCAGCCCUAAGGUCAGAAAGCUAAAAGCUUCAGACUGCAGGUGACCAAUGUUGUCAGGUCAUGGGGUGAGAUGUGAACAAUCUUUCUUGAUCCAAAACAUCACCUGAUGUGUAUGAAUGUAGGAGGGACUCUGAGACAAAUGUAUAUAUCUUACAUAAUUCCUCCUGCUCUGCAAAUCCCAUGUUUGUUCUGGCCAUGUUCUCAGCAGGGAUGGCACAAACCUUUUUUUUUUUUUUAAAAAAAAAAAAAAAAAAAAAAAAAUUAAAAAAGCUUUUACACGGAAUAGAGGAGAAACUAGUUAUGAAUCGGUAGUUUGUGGAUGUGAUCAUAUAGAAAUGAUUUUUUUUUUGGAGACACUAUGUAGUUCUGAUUUAUUUUCAGUCCACGUGUGAUCUAUGCCCUCAGAAGUUGAUUAAUAAAUAACAAAUGUUAAAAAUAAUAUUUUUAAAAAAUGAGAUUUCAGACGGUUAAAGAAUUGUUAUAUACGAGUUUCAUUACAUAGUUUUGGUGUUGGGAGAGGGGUUGCAUUCCAGACUUACCUGGUAGCACUGAUUUCAAAUCAGUAUUUGGUCAGUGAUUGGAAAUCAGUGUUUCCAAGGGGAACAGAAGACAAUAGACUUAUUCUGACUGCCAUUGCAGUAAGCAGUUUGUUGUAAUUGCCUUAACUUCUGCUCUUACCGCACUGACCGUGUCACAAAGUAGAUCAGUGUAUCAGUUACUUUUAAUUUGCUUUUUUGAAUGUGAAUCUCCUCUGUUGAAUGAUCUUUAGGCACUAUUGCAAUGUUUUCUGUCCAUAAAUGACUAUUUAAUUCAGACACAAAGGCUUAAAUUUUGCUCUUGAGGAGAUCAGUAAUAUUUGAUUUCAGAUUAUAAAAAUGAAUUUAAUGUGAAAACCAAAUGUUUCACCAGCGGUGUUAUUACUAUGUUUGCAUUGUUUCAUAGUCCUUUAACCAUAUAUUUUCCACUGCAUCUAAAGAAACAACAAUCUUGUUUGUAUUUUCUGUUUUGGCUCCUUGUUGCCUUUGUAGCUUUCGAAGUUGGAACCAGGAUAAUGGAGCACGUUACUAUGUUGCAACGGUCUGGCUUCCUGUGUUUUACUACAGUAAUCCAGAAUGUUAAGGGUUGUGCUCUUCUGAAGAGUCAUUUGGCAGUCUUCAAGGCAGUAUAGUUUUAUGUCCCCCCCCCAAGUACCGUGGGGCUGACAAGGUCCUUGCUGCCCAGACUGUAUGGUAUUGAGAUUGGAGAAUACUUGAUGUAGUUGAGAUGUUGCACUGCCAGCAGUAGCUCACCUCACUGUGACGGUCACUGUCUUUGUCUCCUCCGCCUCCAUUUGGGAGGUUUGACUGGCUCUACGAUGUCUUGCUGAUCCAUCAGGGAAGCAGUGGACUUUGUCCUAGUGUAGUUGCUCCACAUGCCAUGUGACCGUGGUACUGACCACCAGUCAGUCCAGGGCUCUACCUUUGCACCUUCCCUGCUUACUCCUAUGUUCCCUUCAGAGGCACUUGUCAUGGAAACGGACCUUGUAGUUCCAGGAUUGCACAUCACUGAGACCUUAGAAUUGCAGGGUUUCGUGUCAAAUGAACACCGUUGCAUGGUAAACGGAAGUUUGUGUUUUUUAAUUUGGCUUAAAUUCCAAUUUACUGCGGAGCACAGAUGGAGUUGAGAGCAAACUCGUGCUCCGCUUCAUGUAGCCGAAAAACGGGGCCCCACCCUUUAAAGUCCCAUCCUCUCUUCCUUGAAGUUGGACCCCUUUACCUUUAUGAAAAUGUUGUAAGGCCCUUGCGUGUAAGACAUUCCUCUGUCAAUAACCACUUUUUCACUAAAGCAGCGUUUGCUGCAGAAUGAGUCCCGGGUUUCCAAGUAAUUAAAUAGCAGGUGUGCUGAA